AUGCGCAAUCUCCGGAACAUAGGAUUCGACUCAGUGCAGUUGCCUGAUGGACUGCCACUCACAGCCAAGGCGUGGGACACGACCACAAAUGCUGCCAUCUGCUCAUUUGGUCCAACAGCUGACAGACCAAUAAUUGAACUGCGACGUCGACAGCCACAUACUGCAGCCUUCGAGACAAUAGCGUCAUGGGACGCGCCAUGUCCACUACCGGAACUUGAGUGCGACGAAGUUCUGCUCUUACACCACUUUUCAGGCACUGCGGUUACAUGCUUGCUUCUUGCUGGAGGUGAUAUUGUUGUUGUUCGAGAACAGCCGACUGAAGACCAGGAGCGUAUCGAGAUCGUUGGAAGCGUCGACGUCGGUAUCGCGGCGGCAGCAUGGGCAGCGGACGAAGAAGUACUCGCCAUUGUCACUCGAGGCGACACACUGGUGUUGAUGAGUCGCGGCUUCGAGCCGGUAACAGAGAGAACACUCUACUCAGAAGAUCUCAAGGCGUCCAAACACGUCUCGGUCGGAUGGGGCAAGAAGGAGACCCAGUUUCAAGGCAAGAGGGCGAAGGCACUCAAGGACCCCACCCUACCUGAGACCGUGGACGACGGGAAGCCAAGUCCUAACGAUGAUGGUCGAGUCACUAUCAGCUGGCGAGGAGACGGCCAGUUCUUCGCCGUGAACAGCGUUGUGCCGGGUCAUCGACGUGCGAUCAGAGUCUUCAGCCGAGAAGCUGCUCUUGACUCGGCAAGCGAGCCGGUGGAUGGCCUCGAGAGUGCUCUGUCAUGGAGACCAUACGGCAAUCUCAUAGCAGGUAUCAAGCGAUCACAAGAUAAGGCGGAAGUUGUGUUUUUCGAACGUAACGGUCUUCGACAUGGCCAGUUCGACCUCCGACUGUCCUCAAUAGAGCUCGAUACCUGGCAAAGUCCAUCAGCCUGCACUGGAACGGAGACUCAUCGGUGCUAG